AUGUCCGACGAAAUCAACACGCUCAGCGCCGAGGUGCACAAUUUCGUGGCUGAGAGACUUCGCACCACCUUUCCAUACCUGAAGACGGCAGCAGUCUCCGCUAUCGUGGAAAACAUCACCACGGAUCUCAGCGAAGGCUUCAAGAAGAAGUGAGCGUGCCAGAUCCCAAAUCUACACUCGCAAUCGACUGACAUGUACAUUAGUGAGGCAGAAAUGACCGCUGCUAAAGCCCGCACCAACUUCUUCUCCCUCUCCGCCGAGCUGCGAAACAGGAUUUACGAGGAAGUGCUCAAUCCACAAGGCAAAGAUGCGAUGGAGAUCAUGCUGAAUAAAUCGUCCGCGAGUUUGAGGGUAUUGAAAUUUCGGUACCGUGACGCCGACGGGAACGACCUAGAGGGCUGUGGAGACUUCCCUCUAUCGCCGCAUCUUCCAGCCCUUCUUCAAUCAUCACAACAGGUCCGAGCCGAAACGCUGGCGAUGUACUACAGGAACAAGCACUUCGUCUUCGUGAUGAACACACCAGUCCCAGAGACUGCAGUCGCGCAAUGGCUCGAUGCGAUCGGCCAACAGCAAGCGGCAAUGGUGAAUAGCCUCACCAUUCGGAUAAUGAGAACGAAAGAUGAGCUUGGAAGCAUGACGAAGGCAUCGCUUGAGGCCAAGGGGUUUACGCCGGAAAUCACCAUUAGCAGUUUUCCCUUGCUGGACAGGAUCACCAAGACCGAUGUCCUGAAGGCGUGCGCGCUUGAUCAGACCCAACUACGUUACCUCCGAGUCGAAUAUCGCCGCUGGCAUGGUCGGAUCUGUCGCAAUAUGGUAGAGCUCGAAGAUAGGAGGCCCAUCGAGUGGAAUCGGCACCGAGAGUAG